AUGUUCUUCAGGCGAAAAAUCUGGCUUUGGUUAUACAUCAGAACAGGUAUCAUUCUAGGAGGUGAGCUAAAUAUCCCAGAGCAACAUGGUAAAAAACAUUGUUAUCAGCUUAACAGGUUUCACUGCAGCUACGAGGAAGCAGAAAAUUACCGUGGUGUCCGGGGAGGACACCUUGCUUACACUUGGAAUCUGGGGGUCCAGGAGCUUCUCUGGGACUUUCUGGAAGAAGGGAGUAAGUGGUGGAUUGGGCCACAUCUAAAGCACCUGGGAAAACAUCAAGAAAGAAAGAAUCCAGCAGGUGUCACAGCCUGCCAGCCCCCAAAGCCCCUCAGCUGCACUUACAUGUCCAGAAACUCCAACUGGAUCUCAUCAGAAGUGGACUCGUGCUCCCUGGGGCAUUCUUUCAUUUGCCAGGCUGCAGAAAGCGAGGUUAUGACCUGCCCUGGGAAGAAGAUCAGGGAUUUCCUUGUCAUCGGGGAUACAGUAGAGGAGGAAAUGGGAAGGAGUCCUCUCAGAGGGCGGAAGCAUGAAGAGACCUGGGGAGCACAGUCCGAUUGCCAGGCUUGUGAUCUGCAUGUAAGCGGAGAUAAAGUCAGUGAGGUGGUACGAUUUUGUCAAGCCGCGUUGGGCCGCGUGUAUGCUUUUCCAGACCAAGAUGAAAGACAUGGAAAUAAUUCUAAUUUACACUGGAGACCCGAGAAGACAGAAGGAGAAGCCGCAGUUCCAAGAAACAAAAGGACCUCAGCAGUCAGAGGAGUGAUCCUUUACGACACAAGUCGCUUCAUGCUGCUGCUCCUCAAAGCCCCCAGUGUCUUCCCAUCUCGUUCAAGUCAGAUUCAGCCUCUUUCUUUACAUGCCUUUCAGUCCAAGACCCUGUGUCAUCCCAUCGGCCCAUUUCCUUCAACGCUACCCAAAGUCACACGGCAGGUCCUGGCAGUGACCUCAGCGCCCACCAGCCCGCCUCUCCCUGGCCUGCCGGCACUCACCCGGCAAACUCUGGUAGAGGUGACCCCAAGCCCCAAAGAGGACUCGCAGGCGGAGGUCUUCACCACUCACCUCCAAACAUCACUGCAGGAUGCAUCUGAUCAGGUCGUAGACGAGAUAGCAGGGAACUUGGGCAAACCGACGGAUGGUUUGCAGCCUCGCAGCAAACUACAGACAGCUUGUGAGAUGCUCCAGAAACUGACAGCCUUUAUCCCGGGAUUUUCUAAGUCCGCUCAGGUCAAUGUCCUCAAUCCCCUUGUUGACCUGAAUGAGCAGUUUCCUGAGAGGGCAUUUGAGGGCAACAGCAGUCAGGACUUCGAAAACCCCAUCACUGUCUGCCUCAUUCACUCCAUCGACAAUGUCAUGGAAGCUGGUGAAGCUGGUCUGCAGAGAUCCAAACAGGACAUUGAGCAGGUAGAAAAUAUGCUGGAAAUGGCCUUGCUGGCCCUUGGGAAGAUCCAGGAAGCGUUUCUACAGGAGAACGGGUUUUCUGAGUCGUUAGUGACUCUGACCUCUUCCGUUGCUACUCUGAUGCUGAGCAGCCAAAACAUGUCAAGCAGGCCUCUGAGCUCCUACACUCUCCGGUCCCCAGCACCUGUGAGGUUGGGCUUUCCAUCAGCCUCAGCUUUGCAAGAGCUCUUGAACAGACACCCAGGAGUUAAUGUCCAAGUAACAGGACUAGCUUUCAAUCCCUUCGGGGAUUUUGAUGACAAGAACAUUGUCGGAAGCAUCGGAAGUGUGUUCCUAAGCUCUAAUAUUAAAUUUUUCCAAGUCGAUGAUUUAAUGGAAGAUAUUGAGAUCAUGCUGUGGAGAAUUAGCAUGGAAAUCCAUCCCACCAGCCUCAACGUGAGCUCAGAUCAUUUUAUUAUCAUGGUGAACAUCACUUCCCUGGAGAAAUCCCUGAUCGUGCGCAUAGAACCUGAAAGUCCCCUUUUAAUGACACUCUACCUGGGGUUCCAGUAUCAGCCUAACCACACCCACUUCGAUCUGAACAUCACCCUUCCAAAGAAUCAGGUGUGGCAAAAAGGGUUUAUUGCUGAUGGGAACUCCUUUCUUUUGGGCAACGUUCUGCUUCGUCAGAUUCGCAUUCCCAGUGCCAUGCUCCUCCCAGCUGGAGUGUCUCCCCAAGAACAAGUGAAGCCAUCUUCCCAAAAUCAGGAGGAUACAGAGAACUAUGGAGUAAACUGGGGCCCCCCUGAUACAAACAUCACAAAAUCAGACAGCAUUUGGCAUUAUCAGAAUCAAGAGAUACUGGGUGGCUAUCCCAUCCAAGGGGAAUUUGCCACUUACUCCGGAGGAGAGUACGUUGUGCGACUUGGAAGAAGCUCUGGUACCACAAUGAGAGUUCUGCAGCAUCUCGAACAGAGCCACUGGCUUGACCACUGCACCAAAAGCCUCUUUGUGGAAUUCGUGGUCUUCAAUACUAAUGUGAACCUGUUCUGUGUAGUGACCCUGAUUUUGGAGUCCAACAACGUGGGUACAUUCUUCCCCUCGCUGAGGCUGGACACUUUAACUUCCCUUCAGGCAUCAAAAAAGGACUUUGCCUGGUCUGUCAUCUCACAAGUCAUCUAUUACCUACUAGUGUGGUACUAUGCCUUUGUACAGGUGAAUUGCAAGUCAGUCCUUCACCUCAUGGGCUUCCUGGUUCUGUUGGCCACCGUUCAGCUGUGGAACCUGCCACGUAACCCCAGGCUGCAGGUCAUCGGUAGAUCACUCAGCGAAGCCUGGGACGAGGUGGUGGACUUCUUGCUGGUCAUCCUGAUCCUGCUCACAGGCUAUGCCAUCGCUUUUAACCUGCUGUUCGGAUGGAGCGUCUCUGACUACCAAACUUUCUUCAGCUCAGCAGUGACUGUUGUUGGCCUCCUAAUGGGAAUCUCUCAUCACAAGGAGGUUAUUGCUUUAGACCCAAUCCUGGGAUCUUUUCUGAUUCUCACCAGUGUCUUCUUGAUGGUACUUGUGAUCAUUAACCUUUUUGUUUCAGUCAUUCUCAUGGCCUGUGGUAAAGAAAGUAAGUCCCUUAAGACUCUGAAAGAAGGUGCACUGAUCAAUAAGGUGCUACAGAAGCUCUCCAGUUUGCUAGGAAUCCAGCGGCACCAGAACACGUGA